UGUGUGUGUGUGCGUGUGUCUAAUUCAAUCCCCGUGGGACUCGGCGUCUGGUCUCACCCGCGGCUCGGCGGAUUGGCUGUCUCGGCUCGCCCCCGCCCUCCAUACCCCCCGCGUCCCCAGGUGGCUCAGGCCCCUGUGGUGAUCUCUGUUUACGGAGAGAUCCCGUCCAAGUUCGGCUCCAUCUCUGCGCUCGCUCCUCUCCGCGGCCCCGCCCGCCCGGGAAGCGGGGAGAAAACCAGGCCGAGCCCUUUCCCUCCCCCACCGCCCCGAGAGGUCGGACGGCGAUGACCCCCAAGCUGGCCGGGCCCCCGGACGGGGGCUGGGGCUGGGUGGUGGCGGCCUCCGCCUUCGCAGUGAACGGGCUCUCCUACGGGCUCUUACGCUCCCUGGGCCUCGCGCUCCCUGACCUCGCCGAGCACUUUGACCGAAACGCUCAGGAAACUGCGUGGGUCAGCGCCCUGGCCCUGGCCGUGCAGCAGGCAGCCAGCCCGGUGGGCAGCGCCCUGAGCACCCGCUGGGGGGCGCGCCCCGUGGUCAUGGUUGGGGGCGUCCUCACCUCGCUCGGCUUCGUCUUUUCGGCUUUUGCCCGCAGCCUGCUGCACCUCUACCUCGGCCUGGGCCUCCUCGCUGGGUCCGGCUGGGCCCUGGUGUUCGCCCCUGCGCUCGGGACCCUCUCCCGUUACUUCUCCCGCCGUCGAGUCUUGGCCGUGGGGCUGGCGCUCACCGGCAACGGGGCUGCCUCGUUGCUCUUGGCGCCCGCCUUGCAGUUCCUCCUCGAUACUUUCGGCUGGCGGGGCGCCCUGCUCCUCCUCGGCGCCGUCACCCUCCACCUCACCCCCUGUGGAGCCCUGCUGCGACCCCUGGCCCUCCCCGGCGACCCCCCGGCUUCGCCCCGCGGGCCCCUCGCUGCCCUCGGCCUGGGUCUCUUCACUCGCCGGGCCUUCUCGGUCUUCGCUCUGGGAACCGCCCUGGUGGGGGGCGGGUACUUCGUGCCUUACGUACACUUGGCCCCCCACGCUUUAGAUCGCGGCCUGGGGGGUUACGGGGCAGCGCUUGUGGUGGCGGUGGCUGCGGUGGGGGACGCGGGCGCCCGGCUGCUCUGCGGGUGGCUGGCGGAUCAGGGCUGGGUGCCCCUGCCCCGGCUGCUGGUGGUGUUCGGGUCUCUGACCGGGCUGGGGCUGCUGGCGGUGGGACUGGUGCCGGCGGUGGGGAGCGAGGAGGCCUGGGGGGGUCCCCUGCUGGCCGCUGCCGUGGCUUAUGGGCUGAGUGCCGGAAGUUACGCUCCGUUGGUUUUCGGGGUGCUCCCGGGCCUAGUGGGCAUCGGAGGUGUCGUGCAGGCCACGGGGCUGGUGAUGAUGCUGAUGAGCCUCGGGGGGCUCCUGGGGCCUCCCCUGUCAGGCUUCCUCCGGGAUGAGACGGGAGACUUCACAGCUUCCUUCCUGGUGUGCAGCUCCUUCAUCCUCUCCGGCAGCUUCAUCUACAUGGGGCUCCCCGGGGCGCUGCCCCCCUGCGGUCCAGCCUCACCUCCCUCCACCCCUCCUCCUGAAAAGGGGGAGCUGCUCCCAGUUCCUCAGGUGGCCCUGCUCUCCCCAGGAGGCCCUGGCCCCACUCUGGACACCACUUGUUGAUCAUUUUCUUGUUGGAACCCCUCCCCCCAAUAAAAAAGUCUAUUGUUUUA